CGCAGUGGCAAAACUUUCGAUCGAUCAGUGCGAUCAUCGACGAGGGCGAGGGAUGAGAAAGAAGGCGCUGUGAGAGAGCUCGAAAGAGAAUCCAAGGUAGGAUGUGGCGCUGGAGAAGCGGCGGUGUUGCGCAGCCAUGGCGCGGUCGUGAAUGCUGUCUCGGAGUCUAGAUCUUGCUCUCGACGGCGCUCCGGGAGCUGGGAGAAGCAUCCGCUGCUGGAAUUUCGCUCGAGGAUCCCGGGGUUUAGGUUUUUCGACCCUAGGAGCUGCGAUUAUGGUGCCACUGGAGUCGGAUUCCAAUGGAUGGGAAUGAGCUGGGGUUUCAUCCGCAGCUAAGAGCUGCAAGCAAGGAAGAGCUACUGGAAGAGGGCUAGAAGGGAUUGUUUGCUAGAGUCUCCUCCACAGCGCACCAAUGGGGUGUAUCUGCGCAAAGUCGUCCUCCACCUCGAGAUCGCAGGAGAGUCCCAAGGCCAAAUCCUACUCGCGGCCACAGCUGCGGCAUUUCAAUGGAUCUGCGAGGAUCGAGACGCUCGAGGGGCUCAACGGGAUCGUGGAAAAGGACAGGGAGAGAUCCAAAGCCAGGACGAGACAAAAUGGUCGCGAGGAUAGCAUGGACAAGCGCCGGGCGAGGCUCCAUGCACAGGAUCCAAAUCCUCGUCAAAGCGUCAUCCCCAAGCAGGCCGAGGGCGAGCAAGUUGCCGCGGGGUGGCCCGGUUGGCUCUCCGCCGUGGCUGGCGAGGCGAUCAAAGGCUGGAUUCCUCGACGCGCUGAUUCUUUCGAAAAGCUUGACAAGAUUGGACAAGGAACUUACAGUAACGUAUACAAGGCUCGUGAUCUCGACUCUGGAAAGGUCGUGGCACUCAAAAAGGUCCGCUUUGACAGCCUCGAGCCCGAGAGCGUCAAGUUCAUGGCCCGGGAAAUCCAGAUACUCAGGAGGCUCGACCAUCCAAACGUGGUGAAGCUGGAAGGCCUGGUUACCUCCCGCAUGUCGUCCAGCCUCUACCUUGUGUUCGAGUACAUGGAGCACGAUCUUGCCGGGCUCGCAGCUUGUCCGGGCAUCAUGUUCACAGAACCACAGGUUAAAUGCUACUUACAACAAUUAAUACGAGGACUCGAUCAUUGCCAUACCAGAGGCGUUCUGCAUCGCGACAUCAAAGGGUCCAACCUCUUGAUAGAUAACAGCGGGAUUCUUAAGAUUGCCGACUUUGGAUUGGCGACGUUUUAUCACCCCUACCAGAACCUUGCUUUAACUAGCCGGGUUGUGACGCUCUGGUACAGGCCGCCGGAGCUACUACUCGGUGCUACAGAAUACAGUGUUGGGGUGGAUCUCUGGAGCACUGGCUGUAUACUAGCUGAAUUACUGGCUGGCAAGCCCAUCAUGCCUGGGCGAACGGAAGUGGAGCAAUUACACAAGAUUUUUAAGCUAUGUGGCUCGCCAUCGGAAGAGUAUUGGAAAAAAUCCAAACUUCCUCACGCUACGAUUUUUAAGCCGCAGCAGCCUUACAAACGCUGCAUCGCUGAUACUUACAAAGACUUCCCUUCGACCGCACUGGCCCUUCUCGAGAUUCUUCUUGCGAUUGAGCCGGCUGAUAGAGGAACUGCAGCUGGAGCACUGAAAGCAGAUUUUUUUAACACUAAGCCGUUUCCAUGCGAUCCAUCUGUUCUACCAAAAUAUCCUCCGAGCAAGGAAUUUGACGCCAAGACGAGAGAUGAAGAGUCCAGGAGACAGAGAGCAGCCAAGCAUGGUGUUGCAGAAGGCCGGAGGCAUGGCUCCAGGGAACGUAGCAGGGCCGUGCCUGCGCCCGACGCCAAUGCAGAGCUUCACGCUUCCGUACAGAAACGGCGUUUGUCUUCUCAUUCCUCGAAGAGCAAGAGCGAAAAGUUCACGUAUCUUUCCGAAAAGUCAGCAUCUGGAUUUCCCAUGGAGCCUCCAGCUCCGCGAUACGGGCAGCAACCCACGGAUGUCCGGGGCACGUCACCGGUUCCACCACGCCAGUUUGUGCCUCCAGCAUCAUCGCGCUCUGGCCCAAUUGGGAACCCGACAGCAGCGACUGCCAACUGGUCCCGGAAGCAACGAGACGAGGACGUGAGAAUGGCCCCGCAACGGUCGACGAGCAGGGCAAUGCGAUCAUCCACCGGACAAGUGGAAGUUGACAGGAUCACAAGCAGUUCGUCACGGCACGGGUCUUUUGCCGAGCAAGGCCAAGGGAAGGAUGGCGACUUCUCCAAGCACAACUUGCGGAGCGUGCUCAAGGCCGCCGACAGGAAACACGAGCUCGACUCCCGGCGCUCGGACGUGUUCCGUGGGCCCCCAAAUCUUCCCGAGGCCCCGGCCAGGGACGGAGCGAGAGAUUCUCAGCCGACUCCAGCGGGCUAUGAUCCUCAGGAGCGCAUGUAUCACUCUGGCCCGCUGCUUCGUCCCGGCUUCUCUGCCCCAGUAGACAUCGAAGAGCUACUUGAAGAGCACCAGAGAAAGCUCAAGGAGGCGGUGCGGCGGCACGACAUGAAUCAAGCAUCGGCCGAGAAGAGCAACCUCGAAGGGAGUUGAUUCCAGCAGGAGGUCGGCCACCACCAGUGUUUGUAUUCUGUGUAAGAGUCACGAGGCGGGCGUCUUGCGCUUCGUGCCGCUGCUAGCAAAAGCUUGAGCUGUAAUUUUUUUCCCCUCGCGUCAGGAGAUGGAAAAGAGAAAGUACACAAAAGUCUUGACUUACCCGCAAGUUGAGCACUCCCUAUGUUGCUUGCAGAAGAUUGAUAAUCGUGCGUUUGUGGCAGAAGCAGCUGCAAAGAAUGUUUGUUAUAAGUUGAGAUUGAAACUUUUUUUCUCUUCUACUUACGAGGCCCGAAAGUCCACUCCUGCCGAGCGGGGGAACUGGAUGAAUUGCCUUGAUUGUAAAUCCACUGUGAAUCCACCGUGCCUAAGAAAGAACAAGUUCCAACUC